CCUUGCGCCUAUCGCAUGCCUGGUAACAUCAUCUCCGCCAUGGAUUGCCCUGCCUACAUCGGUUAUGACCUCUGCAAGAUCUGGAUUGCCUCCAUGGUCUGCCCUGUCUACCUAGGUACUAGUAGACAUUUCCAUUGCUACUGAAAUUUUCCUCUCAUACGGUUGUCUGCUGGGGAUCAGCUCCCUCGUUGUGUGUUGCUAAAUACCAAUUGAUACAGCUGCUUUGAUUAUGCUCUGAAUCCCAGUACCAGACGUGUUUCGAUCUCUUGUUGUCACAGUAUCGAUCCGGCGAGAACUAUGAGCCAGCGGAACAGACAUGCUCCCCCGACGAGCUGGGAUGCCUACGAACAUGGACGCGCUUCUUCCUUCGGCUCCCUUGGCUCGGUUCCCGAGAAUGAACAGCAGGCUGCAUUCUCCCCUUCUACUCCACCUGCUCACCACUGGCAAGGCCGGGAUUCGGACGACAACACUCCCGGGUUGAGGCGGACAUCUUCGAUAUCCAAGAGAUUCGACAGUCUGCGGCAUAUGGGAGGGCCAAACAGCAUAGACAAUUUUGCCAAAUCGCUUCAAAGAGCUGCUGGGUUCCGAGAGAUAACACCGGUUCGGAGAAACUCAAUCAGUGCUCCAGGUGAUGAAGAAGCUGGCGAAGAACAUCCCGAACCAAGUACGGCUCAGCAAAAUAGAUCACUUUUGAGGCAGCAAUUGAACGCAUAUCACAUACAGCAGGGGAACGAGGAAGCGCUGCAGGACGAUCAAGGGGAAACGGAGGAACCGACGGAAGAGUCACGGUUGCUACCUGGUGACAACCAUGAGAUACACAAGUACACCGUUGAAUCGCCAUCGUCCGGGCCGUUGCUUGCUUCCCAGCUCGGGACCAGCUAUGGGAGCAUAUCAUCAAGGUUGACGCCCGCUGCACGGCGACGCGCAUCGAUCCUCAUUGCCGAGCAAGAAGAAACCAACAGACGAGCAAGAGAACAUCCGGAAGAUUUCAAGGACGAACCACAUAGAGAGCUUGAGCGGGAGGUUCUGCCUGAUGGUGAGAUCAUCACACGUACAGUGGGCGAAUCCACGGUUCCAAUGACCGUCUUCAACUCCACGAACGUUCUAAUUGGUGUGGGCAUUCUGGCUCUCCCACUCGGUAUCAAAUAUUCUGGUUGGGUCCUUGGCCUCCUUUUACUCACCCUUGCCGCCAUAUCCACCGCUUACACCGCAAAGCUCCUUGCGAAAUGUUUGGACACUAACACUGGAUCAACCACGUAUGGAGAUAUUGCCUUUCUUGCAUUUGAUACCUGGGGCCGAAACUUUGUGGAAACAUUGUUCAUUCUCGAGCUCACAGCGGCCAAUGUCGCCCUCAUCAUCCUGUUCGGUGACAGCAUGAACUCGCUAGUCCCAGCUGUAGGCGUGAACGAGUGGAAGGCUCUUCUUGCCAUUGGUCUAAUCCCGUUGAACUUUGUCCCGUUCAGAACCCUGAGCAUCACCAGUGUGAUUGGGAUAUUUUGCUGCUUUGGCAUCCUCAUCAUCGUCUUCGUCGAUGGCUUGAUCAAACCCCAUAGUCCAGGGUCGUUACGAGAGGUGGCCAAAACCUACGCCUUCCCAGCAAACUGGAAGACCUUGCCUCUCAGCUUGGGGCUAUUCAUGGCUCCAUGGGGCGGACACAGCGUUUUCCCUGCCAUCUACCGAGACAUGCGGCAUCCACAAAAAUACGGCCGCGCCGUCAAACAUACUUACAUCUUCACCUACGGGCUGGAUGUGUCCAUGGGCGUCCUGGGUUACUUGAUGUUUGGCGACCAUGUACGGGAUGAAGUUACAUCAAACAUCCUCCGCGACACUUCUUAUCCACAUGCACUCUCCGUCCUGUUGGUGGUGCUGAUUUGCAUUAUCCCUGUCACCAAGAUCCCCCUGUCUAAUCGCCCGAUCAUGGACACGUUGAACAAGAAGUUCCGUAUUGAUCUGCGUGAAAUGGAUCCCAAAGCACGGUUGCACAGUCAGAGAAACUGGAAACACCGUGCCGGGCGCACCGCUGUUGCCAUCAUGGUUAAUCUCAUCCCGCUGGGGGUUUCAAUUGGGUUUCCGGAUUUUGACAGCAUCAUGGCAUUGAUGGGUUCGGCGUUUUGUUUCACCAUCUGCAUCAUCAUGCCCGUGAGUUUCUACCUGAAGAUCUUCAGCAGCGAAGAUAAGGGCAUUAGCCUACUGGAACGGGUUUUGGAUUGGUGCCUCCUCAUCAUCUGCACUGUCUUGGCAGUCCUGGGCACGGUAUUUGCUAUUCUGCCAAAAGAGAAGAUUGGCCUCGCCGAGUGAAUUGAUCCAGUUAUCUUGACGGAAAGCCCAUUGUUGUUGCACGGGCAUCAAUGCGAAUGGGGCUUUUCAAGGUUGUCAAGUCGAGUGCCAUGAUGCUGUGGGAUAUUUCACAGCUACCUUGGCUUUGUGGUAUGAUCGGUGUAACUGCGAGCCUCAUCUGCCUGCGUUAGUGUGUUUUGAGCAACAGAGAUCUAUGGGAUGCGGUUUGUCGCGAGCCCGCAAAGGAAAUGGGCCGGCGUUUUCCAGCGUAGCGUUUGCGUUCUUGUUUAAUGAUAAUGUAGAUAUCUCCAUGCAAAUGGCAUGGUGGCACCCUACCAUUUCGGUGAAUUUCCCUUUUCCACAUUGAUUGACCAUGCCGCAAGCGCUGCUUCCGGGCAGUAGGAAUAAACACAAUGCCCGCUACGUCCAUCGGAAGCAGUUCAAGGUACUGCUGCCACCACGCAAACUAGUACUGUACCCCGGACAUACUAGUCUCCGCUUUCGUUUCCAUUUCCAUCAAAGAUUUAUAUCGUGCAGCCAAACCUCCUGCGUCACGCGGUGCGAGAACCUACUGGCAGCAAGAAUCUCAACCAUCUGGGCCUCAC